CUCAGCAUGCCCUUUUCUGGUGCAGCCAGACCUUCCCAGGAAUCACUCUGGAGCUUGAGGCCAUCCUCUAGGGUAAGCAUUUUUCAUCCUUUCCAAACGUGAAAAGACUGGCCAUCUGUCUGGAUCCCCCUCCCGCCAAAGCGGCACGAGAGCGGUUCUUUGGGAAAGGUGAUCCCGCCAAGGUGCUGCCUGUGCCGGGCUGCUCUCCCAGCUAGCGCACGUCUCCCGUUCCCGGUAGGAAAUGGAGUCCAAGGUCUCCGAGGGCGGCCUCAACGUCACCCUCACCAUCCGGCUGCUGAUGCACGGCAAGGAAGUUGGAAGCAUCAUUGGGAAGAAAGGAGAGACCGUGAAGAAGAUGCGUGAGGAGAGCGGGGCAAGGAUCAACAUCUCGGAGGGGAACUGCCCUGAGCGGAUUGUGACCAUCACUGGCCCCACCGAUGCCAUCUUCAAGGCUUUUGCCAUGAUCGCCUACAAAUUUGAGGAGGACAUAACCAACUCCAUGAGCAACAGCACCGCUACCAGCAAGCCUCCAGUGACACUGCGGCUGGUGGUGCCAGCGAGUCAGUGCGGGUCGCUCAUCGGCAAGGGGGGCUCCAAGAUCAAGGAAAUCCGAGAGUCCACAGGUGCUCAGGUCCAAGUGGCGGGGGACAUGCUGCCCAACUCCACGGAGCGGGCGGUGACAAUCUCGGGGACCCCCGACGCAAUUAUUCAGUGUGUCAAACAGAUCUGUGUGGUGAUGCUGGAGUCCCCACCAAAAGGUGCCACCAUUCCCUACCGCCCAAAGCCCGCCUCCACCCCUGUCAUUUUUGCAGGUGGUCAGGUAAGAGCCGACCCGCUUGCAGCCUCCACUGCCAACCUCAGCCUUUUACUGCAGCACCAGCCGCUGCCCGCCUAUACAAUUCAGGGACAAUACGCUAUUCCACACCCAGAUCAGUUGACCAAGCUCCACCAGUUGGCUAUGCAGCAAACCCCCUUUACUCCCCUUGGACAGACCACCCCCGCUUUCCCUGGAGAAAAGCUGCCCUUACAUUCCUCCGAAGAAGCUCAAAAUCUGAUGGGCCAGUCAUCAGGUUUGGAUGCCAGUCCCCCGGCCAGUACUCAUGAACUCACCAUUCCCAAUGAUCUAAUAGGCUGCAUAAUCGGACGCCAAGGGACCAAAAUCAAUGAAAUUCGGCAGAUGUCGGGAGCGCAGAUCAAAAUCGCCAACGCCACGGAAGGGUCAUCGGAGCGCCAAAUUACCAUCACAGGAACCCCUGCAAACAUCAGCCUUGCGCAGUACCUCAUCAACGCCAGCUCUGCAGACCCUGACCCCCACGGGAGGAACACCUUCACCGCCUGACCUGGUGCCAAUGGCCGAUGCUUGAGCCCCCCUCCGAAGAUGCUGCCGGCUUCCUGCGAGCUUCUCCCGCUCCUUCGUGGCACCCUUGGGGCCGCUACCCGCGCCCCCACCCGCGGCUGUCCAGACCCUGCUCCCUCGGCCGGGGCGUGGGGCAGCAGCGGGCUCGGGGGCUGGGGCAGCAGGUCUCAGGAGGACAGCAGCGUGCAGCCAGCGUGCAGCGGUUCCCAGUGCGAGCCACUGC